GUGACUUUGGCACGUUUUGCUCUGCUGCUUCGUUUCGCCCAGUGGAUGCUUUGAACGCUUUACGCGGCUGGGUGCUGUGUGAAAGCAUGGAAAUGAUGAAGAUCGAGCAGGUGGUUGUCGGAAACGACAUGAGGUCCACCUCUGCGGAGAUGAAGCCUGAGCCACUGGUCGCCCCCUAUCAGCAUGAGAGUCUGCAGUGCUUCCAGUGCUUUAUCACCUUCUGUAACUCCAAAGCUAAGGAGAGACACAUGAGGAAGAGUCAUCGGGACCAGUACAAGCAGCAACUGCAGCAGAGUAACACUGUCUUCACAUGCUACAAAUGUGAAAAGUUCUUCUCCUCUUCCGAGGAGCUCAGCAAGCAUCAGGCCACCCACAGCACAGAGGAGAAGGCCUUCGUCUGCUCUUACUGCCAGAAAAGCUUCUUUACCUUCACCGAGCUGAACCAACACAGACGUCACGAGUGUAAAGAACGGCGGUGUCCCUGCAGGGACUGUGGUGCUUCCUUCCCCAGCCCCUCACGACUUCGCAGCCAUCGCAUUGCGGUGCACCCCCAGCCCCCAGAACAAGCCGAUGACCUGAACACCUUCCAGUGCUGCAAAUGUCAUCAGAGUUUCCAGACAGAGGAAGAGCUCCUGCAGCACCAGGAGAAAUUUGCCAGGGAAAUAAACUGUGACGCUAAGCCGCAAGGCAAAAAACGCGGGCGUAAACCCAAGCAUGCAGCUCAAGGAGUGACUGGUGACAGCAAGAGGAUAAAACAAGAAGAGGGAGCAGAUAACCACGAAGAAUACAGUGACCCUCCAACAGACAGCUGCUCCUCCUCCGAGCUCCAGAUUCCCUGUCCCGAAGCAGACUGCGAUCUCAUAUUUCCUUCUGUCUUAGCCCUGCGGGCACACAAGCAAGUCGGGCACAACCCACAUGCGUGCAUACAGUGUGACGAGAGCUUUGCUCAACCCGAGCAGCUCAGCGCACACAAGGCUACGGCUCACAACUCUAGAUACACCUGCCUCACCUGUGCAAAGAGCUUUACAAGAGAAAGCAGCCUAAAGGCUCAUCAGAGCACCCACACCGAGCGAGAGGAGGCAGCAGAAAAUACAUAAUAUGAAGGGAAGAGACUGCAACUCGUCCCUACGUGUUUAGAUUAAAUGAUCGUCAAAAUGAAGAAUGCACAGACCUGUACAGACCAGGUAGUACUCUAACUACAUGAUCACCUUGGCCUUUUCUUCUUACUAAUUCUUUCAGUGUAAGCUAUACUGGAAAGCCAUACCAGGGUUUGCAUUGUGAGGAAGCAGGAUGGUUUGGAUUCAGAGGCAGAGACAUACCUGACAGUCAACUGGGAAACUUUAGUUCGUGUCCACUCACUUUAAUCUCAACACAGCUUUGUUAGGUUUACCCCACAGCUACUACUGCUUUAGUGUGAGUAAAGCUGCACUUUUAUAAUGUUAAAGACGUGCUAGAAAUCUCAUUUUUCUGUGUUUUUAGUGGGUUGACUUGAUCUAAAACUAAAGGUGGCAACACCAGCACAUGUGCACUUACUCACACGGCCACCAGAGGUCAGUUAUCUUGAACUUAAUAAGUAACUAUAACGAUAUAGAAGUAAUUAUAACUAUAAGUAAUAACUAACUAUAUAAUUCACCUAUUUUAUCAUUUUCUGAUGGCAGAUUGUUUCUGUUGUUUUAUGUUCUGCAGACUAUUCUUAAGAGUAGCUGGACUUCUUUAAUUUUGUCCAUAAUUCUGUCCAUAUUACCUCCACACUACCUGUAAUGUAUUUUAUUCACUGUAGACCAACAAGUUAUUUCUUACAAGUGCAGUGAAUGUUUUGUAUUUAGCUGAAGUCAGACACUGUAAGUCCCGAACAUGAUACAAUCUUAAAUACUACAGUACAGCAGUAUAUAGGGUUCUCUGUCAAGAGACAGUCAGUCUCAAGGUUUCAUUUCUUUUUCUUUUCUUUUUUUUUUCAGAAGUUGUUGCAUU